GGGCGCGCCUCAUCCCGCCGCCGGGCCCGCUCGCCAGCUCCCGCAGGGGCUGGCUCUGCAGACGGCCCGGGGUCACGGAGGCCCUAGGUCCGUCUGCUCGCAGCACUUCAGCGCUCUGCCGUGGGAAGCCCUCGGCGCAGGGGCCCUAGCAGCGCCUCCCCCUCGGCCCGGCCGCUCCGUACCUUACGCUGGGCGCUUGUGUCAUACUUGUCAUUUUUGAAGACUCGCGAGUUCUGAUGUCUCUGGGGCCGCGAGCGCGCCACGUUCCCCCUCUGGGAACUCAUCCUCCCGCAUCUGGGGCCACCGCUGCCGCACGUGGCUCCCUGGCCCGCCCCCCGACCCGGAACCUCUCGCCCCACCCCCUACUGCCGGCCUCGUAACCCGAUUGGCUGCGGCGCCAAAGAAUAGAAGAUGAAUAAUCUUUCCUUUAGUGAAUUGUGUUGCCUGUUCUGUUGUCCACCAUGCCCAGGGAAAAUUGCUUCCAAACUGGCGUUUUUACCUCCAGAUCCUACUUACACACUGAUGUGUGAUGAAAGUGGUAGUCGCUGGACUCUGCAUCUUUCAGAACGAGCAGACUGGCAAUACUCCUCUAGAGAAAAAGAUGCCAUUGAGUGUUUCAUGACUAGAACCAGCAAAGGUAACAGGAUUGCCUGUAUGUUUGUGCGUUGCUCACCUAAUGCCAAAUAUACUUUGCUCUUCUCACAUGGAAAUGCCGUUGACCUAGGUCAGAUGAGCAGUUUUUACAUAGGACUGGGUUCACGGAUUAACUGCAACAUAUUCUCAUAUGAUUAUUCUGGAUAUGGCGCAAGUUCUGGGAAACCGACAGAGAAGAACCUGUAUGCUGAUGUUGAUGCUGCUUGGGUCGCUCUUAGGACAAGGUACGGAAUCCGCCCUGAAAAUGUGAUUAUAUAUGGCCAAAGUAUAGGAACAGUACCAUCUGUGGAUCUCGCUGCUCGGUAUGAGAGUGCUGCUGUAAUUCUUCAUUCUCCUUUGACCUCGGGAAUGCGAGUAGCCUUUCCUGAUACGAAGAAGACCUACUGCUUUGAUGCGUUCCCAAACAUUGACAAAAUUUCUAAAAUAACAUCACCAGUGUUAAUAAUCCAUGGGACUGAAGAUGAAGUAAUUGACUUUUCGCAUGGCUUAGCAUUAUUUGAGCGUUGCCAGAGACCUGUAGAGCCACUGUGGGUAGAAGGAGCAGGCCAUAAUGAUGUGGAGCUUUAUGGACAGUACCUUGAACGAUUAAAACAGUUUGUAUCACAGGAACUGGUGAAUUUGUAAAGUACUUUAUAAAUUUACAUGCUUUUUUCAUUUCACUGCAGAACUGCACACUUUGAUAAAUACUAACAUAAAACCUGAAGGUUUUGUUUUCAAAUCAUGUCAGUUGCCUUCAUAAAUGUACAGGUAAUGAUUUGUGAACAUAAUUAAUGAAGGUUUUAAUACCAGUAUUAUAAACUGGAAUAACAUGAUCAUGCAGUUCAACUUGUGUAGUUCGUAUACUAUGUGUGUGUUUUCUUUUUAGAUGUACAAAAUAUCACAAGGAGUACUGUAUGAAAUUUUAAUUAUGUAAAAUCAGAUGCUGUAAAAGUGUUGCCAAAUGCUUUAGCAUAUCAAACAAAUUUAUAAAUAUUUUUUAAACAUCUCAAAAUGUACUGUGACUUAUUCUGUUACACAGGUGUACAUUAAAAAUCAGACUUCAAAACAGCUGUACUUGUAAAAAUACCAAUAGCCAUGAAAUUUAAGCAAAUAUGUAAUGAAAACAGACACUCACUGGAAUUGGCCCAGGCCCUGUUUUAUAGGGAGCAGGUCAAAACAAGCUUUUUUUGCUACAGUGCAUUAUAUCUUAUGUCUUGUGCUUAAUUUGUUUUUUUUUAUCUGGAAGAUGAGGUUUAAAUCUGCCUACUCAUCUAUUCCUUAGCUAAAGAGGUUAUUCUGUAAAAUGGAGUCAUAAAAUACCACUGUAAUAACAAAUUUCAUUCACAUGCUCACUACUGAGGUGUAACUAAAUAUUUUAGUGGUUUGUUUGAAACCAGUAAGGUAUUUAGAGCUAGUUUUAAAUGUCAAUUCUGUAGAGAUGCAGUAUAUGGAUAGAAAGAAUUCUGGAAGUUUGUCUAACUUUCUAAUGAACAAAUGAAAGCUUGCAGUCGUCAGUUCAGGUUUACUUUUGGGUGUUUAUUAGUAUGCAAGCUAUUGUUUUUUAUUACUGUAUGAUAAUUUUACUAAUCUGGUCCUGAACAGUGAAGAAAGAGAAUGUUGACACUUUUUUUGUAUUAACUCAUAGUGAAAUAAAUUUUGUAAGUUGCCUUUCCCUUGAAUGAGUUUUGCUUGAAUAAAACUAUGAAAGAUAAUGACAAACUUAAAAUUAGAUUAGCCUAAUUUGUAAACAUAGUAAUAUUCCAAGAAUACACACUGUGCUUCUAAUUUUAAGGCCUUAUGUAGUUUGUUCUUGUUUUUGUGAUUGUCCAAGACUACUGUGUAAUUAAAUGUAUUAUCAAAUAUUGUGAA